AUGUCUCCAUCCAGGUUCUCCGUCGCCAUCUGUGGUGGAGGGAUAGGAGGCCUCACUCUUGCCGUGGCCUUAUCCAAGUACCCCGAAAUUGAAGUGAACGUCUAUGAAGCGGCGGGCCAGUUCAAGGAGAUCGGGGCCGGUGUGAUGAUCUGGGCGCGAACUUGGGAGAUACUCACCCUCCUAGGCAUGGCGGGCGACUUCUCUCGGAUCGCGCACGCGCCUCCAGACGGCUCUCUGGGUAUAGGCUUCGAUUACCGAAAGUCGGACCAGCCCUCGGAGGGGUCCCGAUUCUACUUGUUCGAGGUCCCCUACGGUUGUAUCCGCUUCCACCGCGCGCACUUCCUCGACGCGCUCGUCGGCCACCUCCCCGCCGGCGCCGCGCACUUCGGCAAACGGCUCAUCUCCUACGCCCGCCGGCGGGACCGGCGCACGGCCCUCGCGUUCGCGGACGGCUCCUCCGCGACGUGCGACCUCCUCGUCGGCUGCGACGGGAUCAAGUCCACCGUGCGGAAGCAGAUGCUCGAGGACUCCGUCCGGGCUGGCGGAGAUAGGACGUUGCUCGAGCUGGUCGACCCGGUGUGGAGCGGGACGGUCGCGUACCGCGGGCUCAUCCCCGUGGAGAAGCUGAGGUCGGCGCACGGGACGGAACAUCGGACGAUCCAGAGCCCUAUGAUGUACUGCGGCAAGGGGAAGCAUGUUGUCAGCUACUCCAUCUCUGCGGGCUCAAUCGUCAACGUCGUCGCGCUCGCGUCCAAACCCGAGCUCUACGGGACUCCCUGGACUGGCGCGUGGGUGGAGGACUGCCCCGCGUCCGAGAUGCAAGAAUGCUACUCGCAGUGGGAGCCGGAAGUCGGGGAGCUCCUCAAGUGUAUAGAGAAGCCGACGCGAUGGGCUAUUCACGAGAUGAAGCCGCUGCCGUUCUACGCGAGAGACGGCGUGGUGCUGCUCGGCGACGCAGCGCACGCAAUGACCCCGAACCAGGGCGCCGGGGCCGGACAGGCCAUCGAGGAUGCGUUCAUCCUGGCUUCCGUCCUCGGCCACCCCUCGACCGAUCGCCAGACUUUGGAGGCCGCGCUGCAAGCGUACGAGCGCGUCCGGCUGCCCAUCGCGAACCACGCCUUGCGGGGGUCCAGGGAAUCCGGAGAUAUGUACGAGUUCAACGGGCCAGUACGAGACGACCUGGCUGUGCUGGGGCCGCGAAUUGGCCGGCAGUGGGACUGGCUUUGGGAGUCGACGGCGCAAGGCGAGCGGGAUAGGGCGAUCGGAAUGCUCCGGUCAACGAAAGCGAAGUUGUAG